GCCCAAAUUGCUAAUCUAUCAUUUCAAUUAAAGCUAAUAUUUACUUACUCGAACAACGUCCUAAAAUCAAAUUUCACUUAACUUUUCCUUUUCGUAUAAAAAAAAUUAUUAAAAUAAUGGGUAUACAAAAUUACAAAUUGCCACAAGUAUUGUUGGAAGAGAAAAGAAAAACAAAUUGAGCAAAAAAAUAAAACAAAAAAAUAAUAAUGAACGCAUCAACAACACCAUGGAAGCAACUUCUUCUUCAAGCUGUAGAAGCCAAUUCUCAUCUCAGACAUUCUUCAUUCUUCCAACUUGUAUCUUUUUUUACAUCCGCUACCAUUGGAGCAAAUGGAAAACCUGCUAAUCGAACUGUAGUUUUCAGAGGUUUUCAAGAUGAGACUGAUAAGAUUCAAAUUAAUACUGAUUGUCGCACUCGCAAGAUUGAAGAUCUUAAGCAUUGCCCUUCAGGCGAGAUAUGUUGGUAUUUUACAGAUUCCUGGGAGCAGUUCAGAAUAAAUGGACGAAUUGAUAUUAUUGAUGGGUCAAACUCGGAUUCCAUGAAACUUCAGCAACGAGAGAAGUCAUGGUUUGCUAGUUCAUUGAAAUCAAGACUACAGUAUUUGGGUCCUGAUCCUGGUGUUCCUACCAUUACCGAGGAAUUGCCGAAUGAUGUGAGUUUAGAUCCUUCGGCGGGGCCAGUGGAUGCAUUUUGCCUGCUGCUUCUAGAUCCUGAUCAGGUGGAUUACUUAAACUUAAAGACUAAUACACGAAUGGCUUACUGGUGCAGCAGAAAUUUGGAUGGUGAAAAAUGUUGGACGGCUGAGAAAAUCAAUCCAUAGCCUCUUCUUUUAAUGUUGUAAGAAUUCGAUCAUGAUCUACUUCUGGAGAUGUUUCAGAAUGUGAAAUUCAAUCCUUCUACAUCAAUGGAUAAUGAAAGUAUGAACAAACAAUCCAUCUUCUGAAUGCAAGCACACAUUUCAGUCCAUUAUGAUUGAUAUGAUAGUUUGGGUCUAUUCGAAAACUUCGAAUUAUAAGUCUUCAUUGUUUUCAUCUGGUAUUUACUGCUUCAAAAUAGACACCAUAUGUAUGUAAUAUAUUUAGGACCAAUGCGAUGCCCUAGCACACCAGUCAGAA